GUUGUGGAACGUGAUAAAGCAUGUACAAUUGAUCUUAUGAAGUAUUUAUUGAGCUAUGCAAGCAAUCCUAGUGCAUGCCCAGGAAGGAACAAUUUAUACAGUAGAGAGCUUGUAGAACUAUCUGUUAGGAAUCUAUUGAGAGAAUUGGCUGAAGUAAGAGUUUCAGCGUCGCACCUGCCUGCUCCAGAACAAUAUCGAUUACCAGGUGGAUAUGGACAAACAUCAAGACCUCUAGGACAAAAUAUUGAAAUGAAGAGAGGUGACUGGAUAUGUCCAAAGUGCAGUUUCAUGAAUUUUGCAAGAAAUGUUAAAUGCCUUGAAUGUGAGGAGUCUAGACCGAAGAGACAGCUGACAGGAGGCGAGUGGGAGUGUCCUCAAUGUGAUUUCUUUAACUAUGGAAGGAACUUGGUCUGCUUAAGAUGUGAUUGCAAACGACCUGGUGAGGCUUCAUUCGAUAAUUUCAAAUCCAGACCAGAGCUGGGAUAUUCUAAUGAGAACUACACAAAUAAGGCUAAUGUUGAUAGCAGGUUGGCUGAGAAUGAAGAGAAGGCACAGAGGUGGUUGAGUACGGUUUCUCAAAUGGAUAAAGCCUCUGAUUUGAGCAGUGUGGCGGCUGAUGCAGAUUUUCCUGAGAUCAUGCCAUUGAGGAAAGGAGAAAACAGAUUUGUUGUAAGCACAAGGAAGACACCCUUGGAGAGAAGGAUGGCUAAUUCUCAAUAUCAAAGGAACUUAAAUAAUGAUGGGACUAGGGAACGUAGUAAUUCUCAAACUGGGGGUGCAAAUGAGAACCUUGAUACUUCAAUCAGCCAGAGUUUGGACCGGAUACUUGGUCGCACGUCCACCAUGUCCAGAACAGAUAAUAAAAGCAUCACAGCUGGACAAAAUGCUAGAACAGAGAACUCCACUCCACUUUCUAGGUCAGAUUCUUCACAGUAUGCACACCCCAGGGCGACCAAUUCAAGUUAUGUUCCAUUCGUGCCAUUACCUGCUGAUAUGUUUGCCAAAAAACCUCAAAUUGCAAAUAUUGUGGAUAGUGAAACAGAAGGCUGCAAAUCUGUGUCUUCAAAGGUCAUUGAGCAAACAGAUCCUGUUUCUGUGAGUGGUGAGUCUGGAAAACUUGGAGAGAGUUCUCAGUUCUGUGGAAAAACAGCAGCUCAAGCUGAGAACAAUGAUAACGAAAAAGAACAUGCUGAAAAGUCUGAAAGAUGGUUUAAGAGGGUAGCAGCGCUGCAUGAUGUCACAGACCUAUCAAGUGCUAUUGCAGAUGAGAAUUUCCCGAAGGUUAUGCCAAUGCGUAAAGGAGAAAACCGGUUUGUAGUUAGCAGGAAGAAGGAUCAGUCUUUAACUUCUCCGAUGUACAAAACACGUGUGUCUAUGGAGCAGGCAAGCAAUCCUAAGUUUGUCCCAUUCGUUCCGUUCCCACCUGACUACUUUGCAAAUAAGAACAAACUGCAGCCAGAGGGCAAAGAUUCAAUCAUAAAACCUACGGGUGAAACUUCUUCCAUUUCUACCACUCCGGAGAAGUUCCCUGAAAAGUCAGAUGAUGCUAGACCUGGAGCAUCUAAUUUGAGUCAAACGCAAAGACCAGAAAACCAACAGACCAGCUCAGGGAAUUGGAAUUCAAAACCUUGUGGGGACUAUGGGGCACCAGUUGUUGGAAAUUUGACGCAAAGCUCUUUCAGUUCCCAAACUAGUAAUAAGGACAGUUGGAGUAGUGCACACUCUGGGAAGGAUAAUACAUCUCAGACCAUGACUUUUGCAGGAAAUUCACCGACCUCGCCUGAAAAUCAGAAUGUUAGAAGUGGCUGGACGGGGAAGAGCUUGGAAGGUUCAGCGGUGAAGGAAUCCAAUCCUUUGGACAUGUCAGAAGAGGCCAAGGCAGAAAGGUGGUUUCGACGUGUUGCCCAGAUCAAGGACAUUUCUGAGCUGAGCCAGAUACCUGACGAAGACUUCCCCUCAAUAAUGCCAAUGCGGAAGGGAGUGAACAGGUUUGUGGUGAGCAAGAGGAAAACACCAUUAGAGAGGAGGUUGACAUCUCCUCAGUACAGAAGGAAUCUUCCCAUUGUGAGCUCUGAUCCAAUGAAGAAGGAAAAUGACACUAGUUAAAUAACAUGUAGAAUUUUCUUUCUUGAUACCGUUGCAAGGUAAAAUAUUUGGGCAAUUUUUUUUCCAUCAUUGUUCUCCAGAAACUUUGAACUCAUCCUUCUUCAUAAACAUAUGUUGUUGUUAUAGAAGGAUGAUUCUCCAGAAACUUUGAACUCAUCCUUCUUCAUAAACAUAUGUUGUCGUUAUAGAAGGAUGAUUCUCCAGAAACUUUGAACUCAUCCUUCUUCAUAAACAUAUGUUGUCGUUAUAGAAGGAUGAUGCAUGCAUCACUUAAGAGCCGGUUGAUUUGCUGCUCAGUGUUCACGUACAUGCACUUGGAAAAGUUGCAUUUUGAAGGCAUCAAUCUCAUGUCUCACACCUGGUAAUAUUUACAUGAUGACAAUAAAUCUGAGGUUAGAUUGACUGGAUGCAUCUAUGCUAAUUUGACAAAAGGAACAUAAAAUAAAAUAGGAGACAUGGGCAAUGUACUCAUGGCUGGUAGAAGUUGGACUAAACCGGUGCUUUUGUAUACAGAUUUUUUAAUUUCUUGGAACAAAGCCGACAUUGAUCUUAGAAGUUUGAACUUGGAUAUUGCCGGCAGUAUGUACUACAUAUCUUUUCAUGAGUAGACCUGAAAAUUCAUAAUGGUGAAUUGCUCGGCUGUUCAGAUUAGAAAGAAAGGACCUGCUUGAAGUUUGAUUACUGAUUUAUGAUGCAGUUGUAUGUUUUAUGAAGCCCUAGUUUUUUGGUGUCGCCUGAAACUCGUAUCUGGGCAAUUGCUGUUUCUGAGGCAGAUAAUGUCUGUGCAUUAUUCAACAAUACUAGGCCGACUAAGCUGUUGAAUUAGGUUGCGACUGUUAAUCACUUUUCAUUUGGUAGAAUACUUGCUUUGGCACUGUAUGGGAAGUAUAGAACAAAAUACUGUUGGAAUUCGUUUUUCAGGACUCCAUUACAUU